AUGGCGUCGGGCAGUGCGAAGGACCCUGCAGCUGCGGCGCUCGCAGCACAUUCAGCAGAGGAGGUGGAUGCCCUGGUGCGGCGCAUUAUCGGGGAGGUUCUGUGUGACGAGCGCUUCGUCCCAGAAGCCUGCGAUUUGUGGUGCGAUCAGAUCUUGGAGAGGAGUUUGAAAGAGAUCUCCUCACUAGGCCGACCGUUCAAGUACAUCGCCACCUGCGUCAUCUCCAAGCAGACGGGCAGAACCCUGGACACG